CCGGACCCCUGCAUAUCGGCCCCCUCAGCGCCGAUAGCCUCGUGCCUUGUCUCAAUCCUACGCCUUACGACGCCACCGAGGACAGGGAAUGUAGCACCGGAUUUAAUAGCAAUACUCUCUAUCAACUAGGAUUACGGAUAGAUAUGAGCUGAGCCAGUAAUCAUGCUGCGCACCCUCACACCCCACGCCUGGGCACCGCGCGCCAAGGCAGCCGCGCGCCUCAUCUCAACCACCACGCCUCGAUGGGUGAAAGCCAUGCCACGGCGCCCCACGCCACUGCCAGAGGAAGAGUUCACUGAAGCAUUCCUCUGCGGGUCCGGCCCUGGCGGCCAGAAAAUUAAUAAAACCUCCUCUGCAGUCCAGCUUAAGCACCUUCCAACGGGCAUCGUGCUAAAGGUGCAGGCGACACGAUCAAGGAGCCAGAAUCGGAAGAUUGCGAGGGAAUUGCUGGCGGAGCGGGUGGAAUUACUGGAGAAGGGGGCAGAGAGCCGGGUGGCUAUUGUGGGAAAUGUGAAGGCUAAGAGGAAGAGUAGUGCAACCAAGAAGAGUAAGAGGAAGUAUAAGGCUCUGGAUGAUGCGAAGGCAGAGGCCCUUGAAGCAGCCAAAGCUGCGGAGGCCAUCAGUGCUGCCAGUGAAGAUUCAAAUGGGCAUUCACAAGGGCCCAGCUGAGUGAUUUGGGCUUGAAUAUACAACCCCCUCUCAAUGAAACAUAGACAGCUCGUAUACUGUCAUACCCAGCCAGACCUUCAGACCCCAGGCAUAUAUGGCAGCUUUUGGGCCCCUGGAUGUAACCACACCCAGGGCAAAGGUGUCGAAGGCGCUUGGAAAGCAUGUCACAGGUGGCAGGCACAAGCCCCAUUAGGAUAGUCUCAGAC